AAUAGACGAGUCACUCACUACGAGUAGUAGUGGCCAGCAAGCCCCUUCGGAACAGCUUGCUCGUCCUCAUAGCAGUCACGAUGGUGGGAAACCUCGGCAUCGACGCCAUCCUCAGGAUGUCCGAGAGCAUCGGCACCAACUUCUUCCUCACCUUCACGCUGUCCUCGGCGUCAGAGAUACCGGCGCUUGUGCUGGUCACGCUGGUUUUGGAUAAAUGGGGUCGCCGUAGCUUAAUCUCUGGGACAAUGGCAGUGGCGGGAAUUCUGGCUCUCUUUACGGCAUUCACUAGUAAAGGUGUGACGCAAAUGGUGCUGGCGGUGGCGAUGCGCUUCGCCGUCAACAUGGCAAUCGGCGCUCAGCUGCAGAUGGUAGCCGAGCUCAUUCCCACCGGCGCGCGCGCAAGUGGCAACGCGCUCGUGCAUCUCACCGUCUACGUGGCAGCCAUGUUCUCACCGUACGUCGUUUACUCGCAACGUCUGUGGUUGCCGCUGCCGCUGCUGAUUAUCGGGCUCAUCUGCCUGGGCGCCGGCGCGCUAUCGCUGCUGCUGCCCGAGACCAAGGGCCAGCCCAUGCCGCAGACCAUCGCCGACGCUGAGAAGCUCAUCAGGGAUGGCAUGCUGUGGCAGAAAAAAAAGCCAGAUUUAGAUCAAAAUGAGAGACUCAAUGAAGAAUUCCGAAAAAUGAGCAUGAGUGUCACAAGUUUACAUAGAAUGUAAUGUUAGUAACAAAUUAAGUAAAUUAUUAAAUUAAUUAUUUUUAGUAUUUAUAAAUAAUACCUACCUACUAUGUGAUAUGUUAAGUUGUGAUUUGAAAGUGCCUAAAACGAUUAAUAAAGUGAUAUUUUUAAUGAAAUGCUAUAUUUAAUUGUAUGUUUUAAUUUAUGCAUUAGACAUGAAUAAGUUUUUUCGAUAAGAGACAAGUGUGUUAAAAAAGUUGAUAACCCUCUUUCUGGCGCAGUCGGGUAAAAAUGAAACAACUUUAAUAGGUAAGACAAAAUUGUUUAUCUACAGAAGACAAUGCUAUUGUACAGUUACCUAUGACAAAAUAAUAAUUUAUUAU